AUGCAAAGACAUAAACAGAAUGGAAUGGCAGAAUUGAAGUACCGCCGGCUGGUGGAACUUAAUCAAAGACUUCGUGAAGAUUUAGACCGUCCCCGAGUACGAGUCAGUGAAGCUAGUACAAGGAUUAUUAAGCAAUUCAAUAAUUUGAGAUUAACUAUUUUGCAUGGAAAUGUCACAUUUUAUAGUUUAAUUCGAUAUUGCAAGAAUACUAGAGACUUCUUAGUACCAUCCGUUUGGGGACCAGUUGAUAAACGAGACGAUCCUUAUGCACCAUCCGGUGGUGGAUGCAACUGUAUAAUUAUGUAA